AUGGUGGAGAAGAAAAUAGCAGUGCGAUCCCAGGACCCAGGCCAGCGGCGCGUUUUGGACUGCGCUACGCGCCAGCGACGCUUAACCAGACAGCUAGAGGCACUUGAAAAGGACAAUUUCCAGGAUGAUCCUCAUGCCAGCCUACCCCAGCUGGCCAAGAGGCUCCCUCAGUUUGAUGACAGCAAUGAGUCUGGCAAGAAGAGGAAGAAGACAAGAGGAGAUCAUUUCAAAUUGAGAUUUCGGAAGAACUUCCAGGCUCUACUGGAGGAAGAGGAACUAAGUGGGAAUGAGGGACCUAACUACCUGACUGCUUGUGCCGAGCCCUCCAAACUGCCGCAGCGCCACUUCUGUGCCGUGUGUGGCUUCCCGUCUCCCUACACCUGCAUUUCCUGUGGGGCACGCUACUGCUGUGUCCGCUGCCUGGGCACACAUCAUGAAACCAGGUGUCUGAAGUGGACUGUGUGAUGCUCUCAGCUGGUACGUGUGAAUGGCUGCCUCAUUUUAUUGCUUGAUCAUAUGUCGUCCUGUCAUCAACUGAAGGACAGGUUUCUUUUUUUGUGCAGCAUCAGAGUAUCUGAAUGAGCUGUAUGACUCCCGUCCAGUCAGUCUGAAUGAGCUGUAUGACUCCCGUCCAGUCAGUCUGAAUAAUCUCUAUGACUCCCAUCCUGUCCGUCUGAUUGAGCUAUAUGACUCUCAUCCAGUGAGUCUGAAUGAGUUGUUUGACUCCCAGUCAGUCUGAAUGAGCAAUAUGACUUCCAUCCAGUCAGUCUGAAUGAGCUGUAUGACUCAUCCUGUCUGUCUGAAUGAGCUGUAUGACUCCCAUCCUGUCCGUCUGAUUGAGCUGUAUGACUCCCGUCCAGUCCGUCUGAAUGAACUAUAUUACUCUCGUCCAGUAUGUCUGAAUGAGCCAUAUGACACCCAUCCAGUCAGUCUGAAUGAGCUGUAUGACUCCCUUCCAUAGCACCAGACAGUGGCUGAAUGGGGACAGUGCUGUUGCUAUCGCAACAGGCAUGUGGUGAUCUAAUGGGAGCCACUGCAUGAGAUAGCGAUAACUCAGAAAGUGAAUGGUGUUCACUCCGUAGUGUGCGUCUGCGCUUCAGCCUAGGCCUGAAUUUGACAAUCAUACACUGAACAAAAAUCAAAACGCAACAUGCAACAAUUUCAACCAUUUUACUGAGUUAAAGUUCAUAAAAGGAAAACAGUCAAUUGAAAUCAGGAAAUUAGGCCCUAAUCUAUGGAUUUUACAUAACUGUGCAAGGGCACAGCCAUCGGUGAGCCUGGGAGGACGUAGGCCCACCCACUUGGGAGCCAGGCCCUGCCAAUCAGAAUGAGUUUUUCCUCACAAAAGGACAUUAUUACAGACAGAAAUACUCCUCAGUUUCAUCAGCUGUCCGGGUGGCUGGUCUCAGAUAAUCGUGCAGUUGAAGAAGCUGGAUGUGGAGGUCCUGGACUGGCGUGGUUACACGCGGUCUGCGGUUUUGUGGCCGGUUGGACGUACUGCCAAACUCUCUAAAAUGACAUUGGAGGCGGCUUAUAGUAGUGAAAUUAACAUUCAGUUCUCUGGCAACAGCUCUGGUGGACAUUCCUGCAGUCAGCAUGCCAAUUACAUGCUCCCUCAAAAUUUGUGGCAUUGUGUUGUGUUUUAUAGAGUGGCCUUUUAUUGUCCCCAGCACAAAGUGCACCUGUGUAGUGAUCAUGCUGUUUAGUCAGCUUCUUGAUAUGCCACACCUGUCAGGUGGGUGGAUUAUCUUGGCAAAGGAGAAAUGCUCACUAACAGGGAUGUAAACAAAGUUGUGUACAAAAUUAGAGCAAAAUAUUAUUCAUGUGCGUAUGGCAAGUUUCGGGGAUAUUUUAUUUCAGCUCAUGAAACAUCAGACCAACACUUUACAUGGUGCGUUUAUAUUUCUGUUCAGUAUAGAUUCAAAUCUGGAUUUUAUUAACAGGGCACCUUUGACGCCUCAGUGCGAUUUUUUGAUUUAUCAACAACAACAACAAAAAAUACCUUGUAUGAGUGAUAUUUGUCUAAAAGCAAAAAAAGGACACUAAUUAUUAAAACCUUAAACCA